UUCAGGUAAAAUAAUCAAAAUGGCGGAAAUGACAUUCGCUAACAUGUCCACGGACAGUGGACUGUCGGAAGUGGUAACGCAUCAUCUAAAGGGAAUCGGGAGAAUGUUCUACAUACACUCACCGAAGGAACAACUGUACCAGAAACCAGAAGACGUACCAAAUUUCUUUAGACAGUCGUACCCAUACUUCUUAAUAUUUAUGAUAAUUGAACACAUAGUGUUGAGAUUGGAAGGCAAGAAAGGCAUUCGUCUUAACGAUGGUAUAACCAGCAUAUCGCAUGGAAUAAUACAAGAAUGCGGAAGAUUAAUAUGGCGUGGAGCUGAAUCAUACUUAUAUACAUGGAUAUACGCACACUAUCGAAUAGUUGAACUGCCAUGGGAUAAUGUUUUAACGUGGUAUGCUGCAGCUCUCGGCGUCGACUUUUGCUACUAUUGGAUGCACAGAGCGUGUCAUGAGGUCCAUAUAUUGUGGGCACAACAUCAAGUCCAUCACACAUCUGAAGACUUCAACAUGGGCGUUGGAAUUCGGCAGUCUAUUCUACAGGGAUGGUGCGGAUUUAUCUUCUAUCUUCCAUUGGCGUUGGCGAUACCGCCCGCCCAGUUCAUAAUGCACCACCAGUUCAGCUACCUGUACAUGUUCUGGAUCCACACGGAAUCUAUCAAAAGUCUGGGGCCAUUAGAAUACAUCCUUAACACGCCAAGCCAUCAUAGAGUCCAUCAUGGUAGCAACAAAUACUGCCUAGACGUCAAUUACGGCGGAGUUCUCAUCAUAUGGGACAGAUUAUUCGGAACCUUCAAGCCCGAGAUUGACAAGCUUGAAAUCGUAUACGGUCUUAUAUACAACCAGCCGUCUUUCAACCCAAUGUACUUACAAAUGUUUUACACCGGUUACGUGAUAGAGAAGUUCCGUCGAUUUGAGUCGUGGGGAGAGAAGAUCAAAGCAGUCGUUUGGGGUCCCAGUUGGGAGCCGGGCGCUCCGAGACUUGGAGAUGAAACUAUGAAGGUUGAUGUUGAGAAUAGAGAGAAAUACGAUGUCCUUCUGCCUGGGUGGUGCAGUCUCUACAUUGUAUUGCAUUACUCUGUGAUACUGUACGGUUUCUUCGAAUUGGCUUCAAAGUACAUGGGAAUGACGCCGCUGUCUGUGAUAAUCUUCGUGACCUACGUCAUAGCGUCCCUAACCAUAAUCGGGAUGAUUCUAGACAAUUCCAAAUACGCCCCUAUGCUAGAGGUAUUAAGGUGUUCAGCGCUAGCUUUCCUCACCAGAAGCCUAGCAACGACUCCACUUAUCACAGCCCUUCAAGUAUUCUACGUAACGUCAGCCAUGUUCUGGUGCCUCCAUACAUUAAAACUUCUAGAAAUCAAAAAGAAAGUUGAUUAGUUCAUAAUAUUUAAACCAAAAGCAUCGACUUUGACAACUGACACCAAUCUCGGAAAGGAAUUUUAUAAAAAUGUUUACAGAGAUAAUUAUUAUAUAAUAUAAUAUAAUAAUAUUUGUAAAAAUAAUAAAACAAUGGAAGUUCAAUGUCAGCUUAAAAUAUUUAGUUUUAUUGUUAUAAUUCAUGAAUGAGUGACAAAUGCAAUAAUUUUAGAUUGUAAAUUACUUAUGUUAAAUUAUCGUUACUUGUCAAAGUUAAUCCUUCGAUUUCAUCUAAUGAAAAUAAUAAAGUCUUACACUAGUUUUAUAAAUUAAUAAUAUUUCUCAUGUGCCAAAUGAUUAAAGAAAUUUUUUACAUUGUAAUAUUGUUAUUUUUAAGUAACUGCCAAAUAUGUACAUAACUAUAUAAUAGCUAGGAUAAAUACGUUAAUGUAACUAGUCGAAUAUCUUGUUUCUAAUUGUUGAACUAUGUAGUGUGGUUUUACGUGUGUUAAUAAAAAUGUAAGUUUAAAAAUGG